AUGCAGCUCAAGGCCUUCACUGCUACCAUCGCCGCCCUCUCUGUCACUACAGCACACGCUGCUGCGGUGAAGAGGGUCACCAUUAGCGCCGGCUCCAUUGAAUUCCCCAGUAUCACGCUUGAUCCGAACGGUGUCCACACUGCCGUCUCUGGCCUCCUUGAUCAACUCGAGGGAGAUAUCGAAAGGGCCACGGCUAUCCUCCUUCAGCUUAACCAGGUCAGCGAUGCUGUCUCAAAGAGUGUUCUGGCUAGAGCCAUUCAGGCCGUUACCAUCAUUACUAGACUUCAAGCCCAAACUCGCCAAAUCAACCAGAAUGUGAACAGCGCUGUAAAGAAGAUCACAGCAGCUCUUCCCGCUCUUCCCGCUCUUCCCGCGAAACCCAGCCCGACUACGCCUGGCAACGGCGCUACUGCUACUCCGGCUGCGAACGGCGCUGAGGCCCUCACUCAGUCUCUCACCAGCAUCACCACAAAGGCAGAGGAGGUUCUGAGCCAGGCCAAGAAUCUGACUGCUGCUGCCAACACUCAGUUUGAAGAGCUCAGCAAGCAGAUUUCACAACAGCUUGCUGCUACCACUGCAGCGGUUGUACCCAUCAUCGGCCAAACUGCCGCACAGACUACCACCCAUGUUUCUGCUAUUGUCACCAAGCUUGUGGCUGACACUGGCAGCUCCUUGAGCUCCAUCUCCAACACUGCGCAGUCCGCACUCGGCACUGCUCAGAAUGCGGUUCAAGCUGUUGCCCAGACUACUACCACAACCGCACAGGGCGCUGUGACCAGCCUUAUCACACGAAUCGCCAACGCCAAGCUCGAGCUGAACCCUGUCCUCGUCGUCGGCUUCACCCCCAAGAUCACCAUCUAA